UGGAGGUGGACGUGUCAUCGUCGAAUAAAAGGAAGUUUCGAACGUAUAAGACGAGCACCGCUGUGGGAAGGUGGGUUAAAUGGCAAAAUGUAUAGUUUUGAAGGUGAUUUUCGGAGCAGUCCCAAUGUAUCUCUGGGGGGACGUAGCGGAACGGACCGCUUAACGAAAGCAAACUUGCUGCAAAAAGCUCACGAAGAACGACAGAAACGAGAGGAGGCUCGGCAGCGGUUACGAGCCGCGAUUAUUUUGCAAUCUUCAGUUCGUUCGUUUCUGCAACGACAAAAAGUUAAAAAUUUCCUGCGAGGAAAAUUUGAAGAAAAAAAGAAAAUCGGCCAAAAUUUGGUCGAACUGACGAGAUUACUUUGUUAUUUUUACGACGAGAAAAAAGUUUCAGAUCUUAAUAAUUUGACGUGGCUUCUUCAACAAAUAUUCAAAUUCACCCCCGAUUGGACGACACAAUGUUCAGAUUUUCUAAGGAAACAAAUAUUGGUUAAAACUUGCAGGGCCCUCCAAACCAUCCCCCCCACGCACAUGGCCACGCCCUUGCGAGCCAUUGAAGUUCUCACCCAAGCUAAAUAUUGGGGAGAUGAUUACAUCACAAUGUGGGGAUUGUUGGUCAACAAUGGAUUCUUUACAUCGAUGCUCCGAGUAUUCGACGUCAAAGUUCCUCACGACCUCGAGCCAUCUAGUGGCCAUAACCCUCACCUCGUUCUCGCUAACUCGCUUCUACAACUUCUACGACUACCUAUGACUUUGCAUGAGGCCUCGAACCCAGAAUUCCAAAUCGAUUCCGAAAUUUCCGACAUUUUUGAAAAGUUUUUUACGGACAUGCUUAGUCAUCGUAUGAAUCAGCAAAUUUACGACUUUUUGCUUCCGUCGUUACGAGACAUGGAAAUCAUAAACAUUGUGAGUUUGAAUCAUCUUGAAAGGAAAAUAUUAACUGGCAACACUGGGAUAAAGCCGAAUAUAUCUUUGCUGGCAUCACUGGUGAAACUACUGGAUGGUAAACUCGAACAAUUGGUGAACCCGACCACCAUCCUAACCAUCGUUGAUUGGUUGGUACCUACACUCCCUCGUGUGGCGAGCGAUGAUGCCGAAAGUGACGACGACGAUUACGUGGAAAUCGUUCAACCGGAAACUGAAAUUGAAACCUCACUAAUCGUUGGUGAUUGCCGGUCGUUCUUGAACUCGGAAAAUUUCAUCAAGUUUUGCACGCGAUGUCUCGAUGAACGUGAUGUUUCUCUACUUGGGGGAAUUACCUUCCACUUGCUGGUUAAUAUGAAGAUGCAAAUCCAUACGAAUAGGUGGGGGGGGUUGUAUUCUGUAUUCUGUAUGGGUAUAUAUGGGGGCGAGAAUUAUGACAGAGUUGGCCCAUUACCCUAA